AUGGCCUACAAGCAAUGGAUUUGUAUCAAGAUUCGAAAUCGCAUGCACAAGAGUGAUAUUCGAGUCAGGGAUGCCAGGCUCGAGUCUGGCAAAUUCUACAAGGGCAGUAAAGACAACGAGAUCAGCACAGACGAGGUCGGCAAGCUCGUCGUCCCGCCCCAAGGGCAGGGCAUCAUAUGCUCGUGCGGGCGGUCGGACGCCGCCAUCGGCACCGAGGGAUAUGUGACCUUGUACGAGUGGGACGGCGAGCAUGAGACAAAGAUCUGCCGGGUCUACUGGAGCGCGCCGUGGGGUGCGUACAGCAAUAUCUUCGACAUCCAGGAGUGGGACCCCAGCACUUCUGAUUAUUCCAUUAGCCAUGACCCGGUAUCUCAGGACGGGACAAUUGGGAAUAUGGAGCUUGUGAUUGCCAAGUUGGCCUAA